AUGGCCUCCACGGCUCUGCCCCAUGGUGAGUACACCGUGGGAUGGGUCUGCGCCCUGGCAAAAGAACAGACCGCAGCCAUGGCGAUGCUGGACGAGAUACAUGCAGACCUUCCCAAGCCCCAGCAUGACCAUAACUCAUAUACUCUUGGGCGUAUCGGCCAACACAAUGUUGUUAUCGCUUGCUUGCCCAUGGGAAUGAUAGGCAGUAGCAAUUCAGCCACGGUAGCGGCUCACAUGUUGUCGACGUUUCCAUCAAUUAAAUUCGGCCUCAUGGUCGGCAUCGGGGGUGGUGUUCCACCGAAAGUCAGGUUGGGUGACGUUGUCGUUAGCAAGCCAGUGGGUGCGUAUCCCGGUGUGGUGCAAUGGGAUUUUGGCAAGACGAGACAGGAAAAUAGCUUUGAACGAACAGGAUCCCUGAAUAGUCCUCCAGCUACAUUGUUGACGGCCCUUACCAAGUUGCAGUCCAAGCACGACAUGCAAGGUUCGGAUAUUCCCAGCCACCUCGAGAAUCUGAAGCAGAAAUGGCCAAAGCUGGCGCCGCAGUACCUGCGAUCUGGCUCGUUAAAGGAUGUGGUGUUCCGAUCUAGCUAUAAUCACGUCGAAAAGAAGAUUACAGAGAACGAAGAUGACUGGGAAAAUGACGAAGAGGAGGAAGAAGCACAGGAGAGCUGCGCUUACUGCGAUCCAGCUGAAAUGGUGAAGAGGAGGCCCCCGACUCGUGAUAUGCGCAUUCACUAUGGCCUCAUCGCUUCUGGAAACCAAGUUAUCAAGGAUGCCAUUCGCCGAAAUGGGAUCAAUAAGAAGUUUGGUGGCAAUGUCCUUUGCUUUGAAAUGGAGGCGGCCGGACUGAUAAACGAUUUCCCAUGUCUUGUCAUCCGCGGUAUCUGUGACUACGCAGACUCGCAUAAAAACAAGGACUGGCAAGAACAUGCAGCAGCUGUGGCAGCAGCUUUUGCAAAAGAAUUCCUUUCAAUGGUACCGUCACACGAUGUGGAGGUGAUGCCAACAAUAAAAAGUGUCUACGAGAGUGUCCAAGAGAUAGCUAGAAAUAUCAGCACGCUCACCCAGCGGCAAUACAAUAAAGAGCAGAAAACUAUACUGGACUGGCUUAGCAAAACCGACUACUCUUCUCAGCACAAUGACUUUACCAGAAACCGACAACCAGGGACUGCGGAAGAACUGCUGCAGUCUGAUCUAUUUCAGAAGUGGAUGGCCCAGAACAACCGAAUAUUAUUUUGUCCUGGUGUCCCGGGAGCAGGAAAGACCAUGACCACAUCUUCUGUCGUUAACUAUCUCCAUGAAAGAUUCCCUGAAUCUAAUACGAUUGGUAUUGCAUAUAUAUAUUGCGAUUUCCGGCGACAAGAGAAGCAAAGUUUGACGCACCUUCUCUUGAAUCUACUCAAGCAAUUUGCCCAAGGACCAUCUAUCCUUCCUCAAUGUGUGAAAAGACUUUACGAAAAACAUUAUCCCAGAAAAACCCAACCCUCCAUUGAUGAGAUCUCGGAUACAUUAGCCUCUAUAAUUGCUGAGUUUUCAAAGACCUUCGUCAUUAUCGAUGCGGUAGACGAGUGCAAAACAUCUGAUGCAGUACGGUCCAAGUUUUUGCACGAGGUAUUUAACCUGCAGACGAAGACCAGAGCGAACCUGUUUGUCACAUCACGUCACAUCCCCGAGAUUGAGAAUGAGUUUAAAAGGAAACGUGCUGUUUCAUUCGAGAUCCGUGCUAGUGAAGCUGACAUCCGGAGGUAUCUCGAUGGUAAUGUAUCAAGAUUGCCGUUAGUAGUUCAGGAAAACCCUGAACUAGAAGAGGAGGUAAAGGUUUCAAUUAUUAACGCGGCAGAUGGAAUGUUCCUUCUUGCAACACUUCAUUUAGACUCGCUAGAGGACAAAGUAAACCUCAGACAAGUUAAAUGUUAUUUAGAAAAACUUCCAAAAGGAACUGAUGCAUACCGUCAGGCAUAUGAGGAAGCCAUGGAGAGAAUCCAGAGCCAGAAACCAGGGUUCCGCGAAGUUGCUUUCAAGGCUAUUUUAUGGAUAUCCUGCGCUAGAAGGCCUCUGACUCCACAGGAACUGCAACAUGCGUUGGCUGUUGUUAACAAUGCUUCGGCUCUUGACGAAGCCAAUAUCACAAAAGCUGAGCUGAUUGCCUCGGUAUGCGCUGGCUUGGUUAUUAUUGACGAGGAAAGCAAUAUUAUCCGCUUAGUCCACUAUACCACACAGGAAUACUUCCAAACCACCAGAGAUACCUGGUUUCUUAAUGCCGAGACAGAUAUUGCGAAUGCUUGCAUUACCUAUUUGUCAUUCAGCACCUUCCAGUCCGGUAUAUGUCCAACACAUGCAGCAUUUGAGGAACGACUACGACACCAUCCUCUCUACGGUUAUGCUGCAGCGAAUUGGGGACAUCAUAGCCGCGAAGCUCCAGUAGAGUUACAACAGGUGAUGAAGGUUCUUGAGGAUGAUUCCCAAGUUUUUGCGUCCGCCCAGUUCAUAAUGCCUUCUAAAGAUGAUAAUAUUUACAACUUGCACCUGUCACAUCCAUUAACUGGAGUCCAUAUCGCCGCAUACUUUGGAUUAGCAAAAGCGACUGCAGCCUUAUGCGAAAAUGGACAUGAUCCAGAUUCAGAAUCAUUGACUUUUAGACAGACGCCUCUAUUCUGGGCUGCACAAAGUGGGCAUGAGGCAGUCGUAAAGGUGCUGCUUGACGAAUAUGGAAUUAAGAUGGAGCUUAACUAUGACGAUGGUGAAGUUCCAGUGUGGGCUGCGGCAAUGGCAUUUGAAAUGUCGGAAACACUGCUGUUUGAUCUUAUAAAAAGACUUCCUCUUAGCCCAGAAUUUGUUCCACAAUUGAAAAGGAAAUAUGAUGAACAGGAACUGGUAUCUUAUGCAGUAAUGGAGAUACUGUGUAUUAGAUACGAGCCUUACAUGGACUCGCGUGAUGCUUACCGUGAGAUACUCCUGGCAUGGACUGCGGAACGGCAUAAGUUGUUAGAAGGUGGCUGA